AUGAUUGAGAGGGGAUUGGAACACCUGAAUCACAUGAUAUGGAGGGGAUUGGAACACCUGAAUCACAUGAUUGGGAGGGGAUUGGAACACCUGAAUCACAUGAUAUGGAGGGGAUUGGGACACCUGAAUCACAUGAUAUGGAGGGGAUUGGAACACCUGAAUCACAUGAUAUGGAGGGGAUUGGAACACCUGAAUCACAUGAUAUGGAGGGGAUUGGAACACCUGAAUCACAUGAUAUGGAGGGGAUUGGAACACCUGAAUCACAUGAUAUGGAGGGGAUUGGAACACCUGAAUCACAUGAUAUGGAGGGGAUUGGAACACCUGAAUCACAUGAUAUGGAGGGGAUUGGAACACCUGAAUCACAUGAUAUGGAGGGGAUUGGAACACCUGAAUCACAUGAUUGGGAGGGGAUUGGAACACCUGAAUCACAUGAUUGGGAGGGCGUGGCCAAUA